AUGGACGGCGACCCAGCUGUGGAACCUGAAUUGGACUCUUUUAGUCUAACACUUCCCCUUCCUUAUAGAGUUGCUAUUGCUAUUGUUUUAGGAGUAUGGGCAUGGGGUCUGAAUCUGCAUUAUCUUUCUCUUGCUAAAAUUGAUGUCCCUUCACUUCUUCAAUAUCCAUCUAGACCUUCUCCUCGAACCGAUCCUCCUCAUUACCUAUCUACCUUUCGGUUCGCGACUCUGCUCAGUAUCCCACUGGCAUUCUCCCUCUUCCUGUUCUGGAUCCUCUCACACCGCAACCCAGAUCUGGUAAUCUUCUACGAUUUUCUUCCCAUAUCAUAUCUCUGUCUUUUGCUGGGUCUAUUUCUCUUGCCAAUCCGCCACUUCUCGUCUGCCGGCCGCCGGCGCUUUCUCACCACCCUACGUCGAGUCUCAAUAGGUGGCAUUGCCCAAACAGGACAAGGGAAAUUCGGGGAUAUCUUGUUGGCAGAUGUUUUGACGUCGUAUGCCAAAAUAAUUGCAGAUCUUUUCGUCGCGUUAUGCAUGUUCUUCAGCUCGAAUGGUUCGGCAACGAAAAGGCCUGAUCGCGGCUGCGGAGGGCAAUAUGUUGUGCCAAUUGUCAUUGCUAUUCCCUCCUUGAUUCGGUUCCGACAAUGUAUAAUCGAAUACCUACGAGUUCGAGAUAGCAAUACAAAGAAUGGAGGGAUUGGCGCGCAUGGUUGGGGCGGCCAGCAUUUGGCGAAUGCGCUGAAAUAUUCAACGGCUUUCCCAGUCAUUAUAUUUUCCGCCCUUCAAAGAAAUUUGAGUGUGAACCAUGAGCACAUAGGAGUCACGGAGACAACUUUAUAUCGACUGUGGUUGGUGGCGGUAUUCACGAAUAGUUUUUACAGUUUCUAUUGGGACGUUGCUAAAGACUGGGAUCUCACACUCUUCUCGUCAGCUCGCAACAGCCAUGCUCAUGCAUACGGACUUCGCUCCCGACUAUACUUCCCAGGAAAAGAAAUCUAUUAUUUCGUCAUCGCGACUGAUCUUCUCCUCCGAUGCACUUGGUCACUGAAACUAUCACCCCAUCUCGAUCAUUUCGCCGACUUCGAAAGCGGCAUAUUCCUGAUGGAAUUUCUUGAAGUCGGCAGGCGAUGGAUGUGGAUAUUUUUUCGAGUAGAAACUGAGUGGGUUCGAAAUGUUAGUUUGGCGAGCUUAGGCACUCCUGGUCAAGAUGAUGUCUUGUUGGGAGAUUAUGGAAGUGAGCCAGAUGACGAGAGCGAUUGA